UUGUAUUCAGUGAGCUUCAGUUAACCUGUUGGCGCCGAGAAGUUACUAAACUUGGCUUUCGUUUCGAAAAACAUUGUGUUAUACCGCGCCUUCAAUUACUAUAGUUUCGUUCACUAGUAUAUCGUUGCAUUUUUUGUGUUUAGUGUUAACACUAGAAUUACUUUAGUUUUUAUAAUUAUAUAUGUAUAUUUUUUAAUUUAUUCUUUCUUCACAAAUAACUUCAAUCGCAAUGGUUGCCAAAGAUUCAAAAACACCAGCCGUUGAGCUCGCAAAUCCUUAUGAAAAACCUCCAUCAAUGCCAGUUGGUCAGUCUAUACGAACAUUUCUUUAUAACCAUGAAACCGGUGCCUUUAUGGGCAGGACUGCCAGUAGUUGGGGUAAAAUUGGACUGUUCUACUUAGUAUUCUAUGGAGUAUUAGCAGCAUUAGUAGCUAUCUGUUUUUGGGGAUUUUAUCAAACUGUUGAUCCAAAAAUACCAACUUGGCAGUUAAAUAAAUCUCUCAUCGGAACGAAUCCAGGUUUGGGUUUCAGACCUCAACCACCAUCAGAAAAUGUUGAAAGUACCUUAAUUUGGUACAAAGCAACAGAUUCAGAUAACUUUAAAUACUGGGUGAAAUCUUUAGAGGAGUUUUUGACAGAAUAUAGAACUCCAGGAAAAAGAACUGGUUUAGGAGCAAAUAUUUAUAACUGUGAAUAUGGAAAUAAUCCUCCACCCGGACAAGUAUGCGAUGUGGAUAUUUACAAAUUUCAUCCAUGCACUGAGAAAAAUUUGUUUAAUUAUCAUAAAUCAGCUCCAUGCAUCUUUUUAAAGCUGAACAAGAUUUAUGGAUGGAGACCUGAGUUUUACAAUAACACCGAAGAAUUGCCAUCAAAUAUGCCAGAAUCAUUGAAAAGUCAUAUUCGUACCUUGAAAAUGCAAGAUUCUCGAAAGCUGAAUACAAUCUGGGUAUCUUGUGAAGGUGAAAAUCCAGCUGAUGAAGAAAACAUUGGUCCUAUUGAAAUAAUACCAAAAGAACAAGGAUUUCCUGGUUAUUAUUAUCCUUUUGAAAAUGCAGAAGGAUACUUAAGUCCAUUAGUUGCUGUGCAUUUCAAACGAUUAACAAGAGGAAUUCUGAUAAAUGUUGAAUGCAAAGCAUGGGCAAAAAAUAUAAUACAUAAUCGCCAUGAAAAAUUAGGAUCUGUACACUUUGAGUUGAUGGUAGAUUGAUGUAUUAUGCGUCACAUCAUCAUCAUCAGUGAUAACAUUUAAAUAAGGAAUCCAAAAAAUAUACUAUUCAUAUCGUCAAGCGUGUCUUCUUUGUGUUUUAUGAAAGUACGACUUUUCUUGCGUACAAAAAGAAAAAAAUAUAUAUGUUUGGGAUAAAAAAUAAUUCUUAAAGUUAUCUUUCGAAAAUGUAUUAUUGAAAAAACUAAGUAUAUAUAUUUUUUAACAUCUUUAUUACAAAUAAAAUAAACAAUGUUAAACUUGUUUUGUCGUGUAAAGCAGGACAUUGUUCAAAAAAAAUUGAGAUUAUUACAAUUGUUAAGUGAAAUUUUAAAAUACUUUUGAAAAUACUUUUAAAAAUACUUUGAAAAAGUUAAAUUAACUUUUUAAAUUUUCUGCAUAAAGAAUUACCCAAUAAGAAAUAAUUUAAUUAUUUCUAACGUUUUUAGAUACAAAAGAUACUCUUUCUAUCUUUUGAUUCUAAAACAUUUUUUAUUCUGUCUUUAUUUUGUAUAAACUCUGCUUUAUUUAAUGUGUGAACUAUAGUGACAAGAGAAACAAAACCUUAAUUAUUUAUUCAGUUAAUACAAUUAUAUAUAUAUAUAAAUGAAAAAGAAACAGCUUAGAAUUUUAAUUCUUAUAUGUAAUAAAAUUUUGUUAAUUGGAAAAUAAUUGUAAUUAUGAAAAGCAUAUCAGUUAUACGAAAGUUUUAUAUCAAUUGUGUCAUAAUAAUAAAGUUUUAUAAAAACUUAACUCUCUACAAGGGCAGGAUUUUUAAUAUACAAAUGUGCCUUAAUUAAAACGGUUAUGAAAAGUUUUGUGUGUUUAUUCGUCUAAGAAAUUUGUGCAUGAAGAGAAGAAUACAGUCAGUUAGUUUUUUCUUCUUCUUCUCUUCGUGAAGUUGUUUGGAUUGUAACAUAUUUUUAUGCCGAUGAAAUUUACAAUAUGAACUAUAAACGUGUUCACAACAGAACAAAAAUGUAAUUGUCAAAGAAUAUUUAUUUAAAAAAUUAAUAAGGUUUUCUCAAUAUUUAUAGAGAAAUAACUUAAGUUUUCAUUUAAAUUUUUUUCUCCUAUUUAAUACUAUCAUUUUUUGGGGGAAAAAAAGAGAAAAAAACCUCCAAGAUGUGUUAUAGAGGAUGGAGGCCCUAACAUAAUCUCAAAACUGAAAAAUGAAUUUUAACGAAAACAAAAAUUCAAUGAAAAUAAAUUUUAAACAAUUUUGGAACUAUUUAGUUGUACGCUUUCCGGAAAAAAAUAUGUUGAAUUAAAUUCUUUUGUUAAAUAAUUUUUUUUUAAUUUUUACUUUUUUCUUUCAGAACAGACAAAAAUCAGAAUUUUUAUCUCUAUGUAAACUUUUUUCAAUUGUUAAAAGUAUAUUACUAAAAAAUUAUUUAAUAAAUAUUUGUGUUUAUAAUUUUUUUAACAAUAUACCUACUUUUAUUGUAUUUAUUUAAUUACAAACCUCCUAGGGAUAAUCAGUAUUCUAAAGAAUAAUUACAAUAAUGUAAGCUAUUGUUUAUAAAAAUUCGAUAAAAAUUGCUUUUUUUGUCUAACCUGAAAGAAAUAAGUCAAAAUGAAAAAAAAAUAAAAUUAUUUAUCAAAAGAUUUUCACUCAAUAUAAUUUUUUUAAGGAAAAUGUAUAACUAAAUUUUUCCAAAAUUGUUUGCAAUUGAUUUUUAUUAAAUUUGUGUUAACGUUAAAAAUUAUUUUUCAGUUUUGAGGUUAUGUUAGGGGCUCCAUUCUCCUUAAUGUAACAAAAAAAAUAUUAUAUUUUUUACUGUUGUGAACACAAAUUU